AGCGAUGGUCCUGCCGAGUUUCGAACCGGAGAUUCCCGAGCAUUGUCAGAACCACAGCACUUGCGAGGAAGUACCGAACUAUCCCCACGAGUACAUCGAACACUUACUGCAAAACAAUGCCACGGUGAGAAAUGCAUUGUUCUUGAUGACGGGUGGAUUUAGCGACGCUAGAGGGUGCAAGGCUAAUAAAGAUCCCAUCAAAGUGGAAGUAUGCCAAUCCAAAAUGAGCUUGGUUGAAGCUAAGGCUGGUCGAGACGUGAGUGGCCGCUGGUAUUUUCUAGUCGGCGCACAACCGCUCUGCGAAGAGCUAUGCGUACAGCCUGACAGCCCUUGCGCGCGACCCGAAAAAGGGAAUAGUCCCAUCGAAGUUGAUCAAGGCUACAGAGCUACUUGCAAACAGAACUUAAUUGAUAAGCCCAAGGCAGCACUCGACAAAAAUGGUGCUAUUAUCGUUUUGCAGCUCCCUAUAAAAGGCGGUUGUUGCUGUCAAGUCACACAAAAGUCACCGGUGUCGUAAUC